AUGUCGGACAAGCUUACACGGUGGGUGUGCCUCAUGUGUUCUCCGCGCUUCGGGUGCCCUUCGCUAAUACACCCCUCCGUGUUCCGUCUCUCGUGCCGUGCUCAGUAUCGCGCUGGUCAACCCGGAUCGCUGCAAGUGAGUCGACACGCAUCGAUCGUAGCUUGCGUUCCACUCGCCAGGAGCUGACGACUGAAUUCAUUAUACAGGCCCAAGAAGUGCAAGCAGGAAUGCCGUCGGUCAUGCCCCGUCGUCCGCAUGGGUUCGUCGCUUCCGUCCUUCGCAUUCACCACCAGGCGCUCCGAAGAGCUGACCUCGUAUUCCUCUCCUUCGUCACCUACCAGGCAAGCUCUGUAUCGAGGUCGAUGCGACCAAAAAGAUCGCUUUCAUCUCGGAAGAGCUCUGUAUCGGUUGUGGUAUCUGUCCCAAGAAGUAGGUGACACUUCGUGCCCAUGCUCUUUCGCAUUCUGCCUUCGUGGCUAACCGAUUCGGCUUGCUCGACCUUCGUCCGACGCUCCUUUCUCUCCGGACAGAUGUCCCUUUGAGGCCAUCAACAUCAUGAACUUGCCGACAAACCUCGAGUCGAUGGUCACGCAUCGUUACUCGGCCAACUCGUUCAAGCUGCAUCGACUGCCGACACCGCGCCCCGGCCAGGUCCUGGGAUUGGUCGGCACCAAUGGUAUCGGCAAGAGUACGGCGCUCAAGAUCUUGUCGGGCAACCUGAAACCCAAUCUCGGUCGCUUCGAUGCGCCACCAGAUUGGCAGGACAUCCUCAAGUACUUCCGAGGCUCCGAACUGCAAAAUUACUUCACCAAAGUGCUCGAGGACAACCUCAAGCCGUUGAUCAAGCCCCAAUACGUCGACCACAUCCCUCGCGCCAUCAAGGGCAAGCAGACCGUUACGCAGAUGCUCACGAACAAGCUCCAGGUCCCCGACAUGCAGCCCAUCAUUGACGCGCUCGACCUCGACGUCAUCCUCGAGCGUGAGGUGACGCAGCUUUCGGGAGGAGAGCUGCAGCGAUUCGCCAUCGGCAUGUCGUGCGUCCAAAAAGCCGAUGUGUACAUGUUCGACGAGCCCUCGUCGUACCUCGAUGUCAAGCAGCGUCUCAACGCAGCCCGCAUCAUCCGAGGCCUGCUCGGCCCCGAGGUCUACGUCAUCGCCGUUGAGCAUGAUCUGUCGGUGCUUGAUUACCUAUCCGACUUUGUGUGCUGCUUGUACGGUGUGCCAAGUAUGUACGGUGUCGUCACACUGCCCUUCUCGGUGCGCGAAGGCAUCAACAUCUUCCUCGACGGCCGGAUCCCAACCGAGAACCUGCGCUUCCGAGAGGAAUCGCUGACGUUCAAGAUUUCGGACACGGUCGAGGAAUUCUUGACCGAGAAGAAUCGACGAUACGUCUACCCAACCAUGACCAAGACGCUCGGCAACUUCAAGCUCAACAUGGAAGGUGGCUCAUUCACCGACUCGGAGAUUAUCGUUAUGCUGGGAGAGAACGGAACGGGCAAAACGACGUUCGUCAAACUCCUUGCCGGCAAGCUCGAGCCCGACGACAAGGACGACAUCCAGUCACUCAACGUCUCGCUCAAGCCGCAGACAAUCGCACCCAAAUUCCCGGGUACGGUGCGAGAGCUGUUGAUCAAGCAGAUGCGAGCGGCGUACAUGCACCCGCAGUUCAACACGGACGUCAUAAAGCCGAUGCAGCUCGAGAACAUCAUGGACCAAUACGUCACAACGCUUUCCGGCGGAGAGUUGCAACGUGUGGCCAUCGUGCUCUGCCUCGGCAAACCUGCCGAUAUUUACCUCAUCGACGAGCCAUCGGCCUACCUCGAUUCCGAACAACGUAUCAUCGCGUCGCGCGUCAUCAAGCGGUACAUCCUCCACGCCAAAAAGACGGCAUUCGUUGUCGAGCACGACAUCGUCAUGGCGACGUACCUCUCUGAUCGCGUGAUCGUCUACUCCGGUACCCCUUCCGUCGAAUCGUUCGCCACGGCGCCUGAAUCGCUGUUGACGGGUAUGAACAAGUUCCUGAAGUCGCUCGAGAUCACCUUCCGUCGGGACCCGACCAACUUCCGACCGAGGAUCAACAAGUUUGGUUCUCAGUUGGACCACGAACAAAAAGCCGCGGGCACCUACUUCUUCACGGAUGCUACUUUGGGCUAA